AGGAAUAACUAACCCAAGAACAAUUAAACACCAUACGAUACAUUAAAAAAAAUUGCCUUCGAGGAUCUAUGUGUGAAGUGCAUCACCGUUCUAUGUCCUGCAAAAGAAUAGUUAGUUCAACCUUUCUUAUCUAGUUUACCAGUGAAUGGAGGAACAAUUAUUGUACCUUUGCUGUCUCUCAUGUGAAAAAUGAUGCUAAUAUUUUCAUGACCACAGUUCACUCUUUAUCAGAGAAUAUAUCUGUUCUAGUUAAAUCCUUUUGUUGCAUACUUUGUUACAAUCUACAUACUAGACUAGGCAACUAUGAAAAAAACUUUCCUGUUUAGAAUGGAAUUUCGACAUUUCUUACCAAGAAUAAGCACAUGAAAAAUUUAAACAAAUUUCCAGUUUAAGAAUGGUGUUUCAAUAAUUCAUAGUAAUCUGACACACUUUCUAGAAUAGAUUCAGAAAAGAAUUCAGCCAUCAUGAAACUUGACAACACUUGUUCAUCACACAAGGGGUCAUGUCAUACAAAAUCAAGGGGAAGAAGAAUUUUUCUUAUCCUUAAGGAGGUCUAAAGCCGAAAACUUCAACCUUAUCUGCUGCUGAAUUAUUAUCCUUUUCAGAUGAAGGCUUUUUCCACCCUUAUAAAUUGGUGCAAGAAUGCCAAAGGGUUGAUCCGAACACAUGAACAUAACCUCAGAGCACAAAACUUCCAACAUGUUCCAACAACUUUGAUGCUAGAAAUUCUAACAAAAAACUAAGGCAGCAGUGAAAUUCAAUAAGAUGGAGAGAGUAAACGCGUUAGCAAAAACUAAGGCAGCAAUGAUAUUCAGCAAGAGCACAGACUGCAUGAGCCACAGCAUUGAGACACUGUUCCAUGAACUUGGUGCAAGCCCAGGAGUUCAUGAACUGGAUCACGAUCCCAAAGGACGGGAAAUGGAAUGGGCCUUACAAAAAUUGGGCUGUAAUCCAACUGUUCCUGCAGUCUUUAUUGGUGGAAAGUAUGUGGGCUCAGCAGGAGAUGUUCUUGCUGCUCACCUUAAUGGUUCUCUCAAAGAUAGGCUCAUGCAAGCAAAAGCUAUCUGGCUUUAACACCACUAUUAUUCAAGAAUAAAGGCAUAUAUUAUAUGCUUGUAUCCAAAGGAUUUCUAUACAUAAGCUUUAUGUAUCAAUAGCUAUAGUGAAAUGUACAGAACGAACUCUAAUACAGCUUGCAGUUACUUUGUAGGGGUAGAAAAUGUCAUGCAGCUUACCAAAUAGCCUGCAAAUAAUCAAGUAUAUAGGUGCAAAACCAGUACUUAUAAGUUAAAAGUACAUGUAUAUAUUUGCAAAAAUGACUUAAAAAUCUUACUAGAUCAAAUUUUAGGAAAUCAAGUUUUAUAGGCAGUUUUCUUGAAUCAAGUUAAUCUUUUGAUUGGCAAUUUAGCAUGAAUUCAUACAUGAAAAUCAAAUUUCAGGAAAUCAAGUUUUAUAGGCAGUUUUUCUUGCAUUAAGUUAAUCUUUUGAUUGGCAUGAAUUCAUACAUAAAAUCAAAUUUCAGGAAAUCAAGUUUUGCAGGCAAUUUUUCUUGCGUUAAGUUAAUCUUUUGAUUGGCAUGAAUUCAUACAUGAAAAUAUCAUUUACGAAUACUUUUUCACUAACAACAGUCCAACA